AGCCGUACACCCUUCACACACACACACACACUCGCCACACGCCUCCACCCUCACACACCCUCCAUUUGCACACGCAACACCCUGUUAGGCCGGAUGAGCUACCCGGUGGACACGAUAGGGAGUCCCUUCAGAAGAGUUAUGGAUAGCAGGACCAGCUACGGCCGCUCCAGCGGCACUCCGUCUAGCGGCUUUCGUUCUCAGUCCUGGUCCCGGACCAGCCCGGGCUCUGCAAUGACAACCUCCUACAAAAGGAGCGUCAACAUGCCGGUAGCUAGAACCUACAGCUCCACAGUAAUGAGCUCCGCCGACAGCGUUGAUUAUGGUCAAUCCUCCCACCUGAACGGAGACUACAAGCGCUCCAACGAGAAAGAGCAGCUUCAGGGACUCAACGACCGUUUUGCCGGCUACAUCGACAAGGUGCACUACUUGGAGCAGCAGAACCAGCAGAUCGAGGCAGAGAUCCAAGCGCUGCGUCAGAAGCAGGUGUCGCAAUCCCAGCUGGGUGACAUCUAUGAUCAGGAGCUCCAGGAGCUGCGCUCCGUGCUGGAGCAGAUCCACAAUGACAAGGCGCAAAUCCAGCUCGACACGGACCACAUCGAGGAGGACAUCCAGCGACUGAGGGACCGCUUCGACGAGGAAGCGCGCAUUCGGGAGGAGACGGAGGCCAUCAUUCGAGUCCUUAAAAAGGACAUGAACGACUCCGAGUUAAUGAAGUCCGAGUUGGAGAAGAAAGUUCAGUCUCUACAGGAUGAGAUUGCCUUCAUUCGUAACAACCACGAGGAAGAAGUCAGCGACCUAAUUGCAGAGGUGCAAGCUUCACAGGUGACCAUGGAUAGGAAAGACUUCCAGAAGACUGACAUCACCGAAGCACUCCGGGAGAUUCGUUCGCAGCUUGAGGGGCACUCAAACCAGAACCUGCAGCAGGUGGAAGAUUGGUUCAUGUGUCGCUACUCCAAGCUUACAGAAGCUGCAGAGCAAAAUAAGGACGCUAUUAAGUCCGCCCGUGAUGAAAUAUCCGACUACCGUCGCCAGCUCCAGUCUAAGACCGUCGAAUUGGAGUCCGUCCGUGGUACUCGAGAGUCACUGGAGAGGCAGCUGAAUGACAUCGAGGACCGCCACAACAGCGACCUUGCAAGCCUUCAGGAGACCAUCCACCAACUGGACAAUGAGCUCAAGGGCACUAAGUGGGAGAUGGCUCGUCAUCUGCGGGAGUAUCAAGACCUUCUCAAUGUCAAGAUGGCCCUCGACAUCGAGAUCGCUGCAUACAGGAAACUCUUAGAGGGGGAGGAAACCCACUUUAGCACUUUCCCUUAUCGCCAGGCCAUGACUUCAAAGAAGUCCAAGUCUGAACCCCCCAAACUGAAGGUUCAGCACAAGUUUGUCGAAGAAAUCAUUGAGGAGACCAGGGUGGAGGAUGACGACUCUGACAUGGACGAGGCCCUGGCCGAGAUCGCCCAGGAGCUGUCUGCCAAACUGGGAGAUGGAGGGGAUGACGAAGAGGCAGGGGCAGAGGACGAGGCCGAAAAAGGAGGAGAUGCCCCCGAAGGACAAGAGGGCGAGGACGAAGUCGUGGCCUCCUCCGAGUCCAAACUCGGCGCCUGCGCCCCCGACGACAAAGAGGAGGAUGAGGAGAAAGAGGGUGGCGACGAGGAAGAGAAAAAGGAAGAGGGAGAAGGAGACGCGGAGGAGGACAAGGAGAAGGACGGGGAAGAGGCCGAUGAAGGCCAGGGAGAGGAAGGCGCCGCCGAGGAAGAGGGCAGCGUCGAGGAGACCGCUCUAAGCGCCAAAGCCCCCGAGUCGAAGGCCAGCCCUGAGAAGGAAAAGGCCAAAGAGGACAGCGGAGCACCGGAUAAGGCAGGAGAGGAUGAGGGAGACAAGGAAGACGGAGGCGACGACGCGGCCAGCGACAAGGGAGCCAAAGACGGAGAUGAGAAGGACGAAGGGAAGGAGGAAGCCGACAAAGACGCCAAGGUCGAAAGUGAGAAAGGAGACAAGAAGGGACAGGAGGAGAAGGAGGACAAAGAGAAGGCCCCCGUAGCCAAGAAGGAGGAGCCUAAGGCCGAAGUGGCCAAAUCGGAGCCCAAGAAGAAAGAGGAGCCCAAGUCAGACUCUCCCAAACCUGAAUCCCCUAAGUCCGAGUCCCCCAAGUCAGACUCUCCCAAACUUCAAUCCCCUAAAUCCGAGUCCCCCAAGUCAGACUCUCCCAAACUUCAAUCCCCUAAGUCCGAGUCCCCCAAAGCCGAAUCCCCAAAGAGCGAGACCCCCAAAGCGGACGCUUCGAAAGCGGAAGCCCCCAAAGAGGCCGAGGAGAAAUCAGACAAGAAGAGCGAUGCCGAGGAAGAGAAGAAGCCCGAGAAGAAAGACGCCACCAUGAACGGAGACAUGGACAAGAAGGAGGACAAGAAAGAAGACAAGAAGGACGAGACGAAGACAGACGCCGACGCCGAGGACGCCAUCACCAACGGGGUGGACGAGAGCCCCGCCAAGGAUGACCCCAACCAGAAGGUGGUGAUCACCAAGACCGUGGAGACCAUCACCACCUCGGAAGACGGGGCCCAGCACGUCACCAAGUCCGUCACGGUCACGGAGACCGUGAAGGAGGCCGAGGAGAUGAUGCAGGAGAAACUCGUCACCUCCAAGAAGACGGAGAAGCAAUCCGUCCAGGUCACCAAGCAGGUGACCGAGACCGAGUGACCACGCCAGCGACCAUCAAGCCCUCGAGGUGCGACGGCGAAGAGGAGAAGUCAACCCACAGAACCAAUAACAUAACAAAUAACUCAUGCAGCUAGAGCAAUGUAAUAAAGAUAAACCACUCGUGAACAAGCCUAGAGAGAAGCCAUAUGAGGUGUCCAAGCUUAAAUUGCAUGUCGAGUGAAAGCUUCAAGAUGCUGCAGAU